GUCAAUGCCAAACCAAAUGUCAUGCGCAGAUGACAUGUGAUUGUGGCAAAAUAUUUACGCUCAGGUUAUGUUUGUGUCUUUAUUUCGAUAAACAAUAACAAAUACGUAUAAUUGUGGUCUAUAACGGUGAUAUUAUCAAAUAUUAACAAAAUGGCACCUGGAAAAAAGAAGGUACACGGUAAACGGUCUAACCAACACGUAAAACGGGAAUAUGCGGAGAGACUUAACGACUUGCAGCUGGAAUCAUCAGAAGAUAGCAGUGGCGACGGCAGUAAUAGUGACUCUGAUAGUGAAGGUGUACCUCCUACGUUUCCAAUAAGCAUGUGGGACCUGAAUCAUUGCGACCCUAAGAAGUGUUCCGGCAGAAAACUAGCUCGACAUAACCUCAUCAAGAAUUUGAAACUUGGUCAACAAUUCAGAGGACUUGUGUUAUCACCGGUCGGUAAACAAUGUGUUAGCCCCAACGACAAAGAAAUUAUUGAAAAAUUCGGUCUAGCUGUUAUAGACUGUUCAUGGGCUAAGAUUGAUGAAACCCCGUUUGAUCGAAUGAAGUCACCGAACCCGAGAUUGUUACCAUUCCUAGUGGCUGCUAACCCUAUAAAUUAUGGGAAACCAUAUCAACUGAGUUGUGUAGAAGCUUUAGCAGCCGCUAUGGUUAUCACAGGUCACAAAAAAGAAGCACAAUUCUAUUUAUCCAAGUUUUCUUGGGGCCAUUCCUUUUUAGAACUUAAUGCAGAAGCAUUAGAGUUGUAUGCAGCAUGUACUGAUAGUAAAAGUGUGUUAGAAGCACAAAAUACAUAUUUGGAAAAAGUGAAGAAUGAAAAAGAUGACCGGGAUAUGUGGCCGCCAACAGAAUCUGAAUCGGAAACUGAAUCUGAAGAUGACUAAUAAUAGUUAUUUAUUAGAAUAAUUUAUUUUACAAAAUAAGACAAAUAAUUGCCUCCUGUUUUAUUUACCAUUUUUCAUGUAAUGUUUUAAAUACUAGGUCAUGCAUUUGCAACAUUCUCAGCAGUAAUUUCAAUUACUUACUUUGACAUUCUCUGUGGUAUUAUUGUAUUUUUUUUAAUUCACAAUAUUACCUAAUAUCCAGACAUUGUUAUUCUUCGAUAUAAGUAAACAGGCAAGAAAUGUACCUAUGUAUAAGACUAUUUAUAAAUUAGUGUUUCACUAUUUAAUUUGUGAAUCACUAUUUAUAAA